AUGAAACUCGUAGGACUUUUUACUGCUCUAGCAGCUGCAUUGCUGUGUACGGAGUCUGCAGCCAUCUCAAUACUGAUGGGGAAUGACGAUGGGUUCGGCAGUGCUCAGCUACGGGAAUUCUACCGGCUUUUGAAGGCGGAUGGACAUGAGGUCUUAGUGGUUGCUCCUGUAGACAAUCAGUCAGGACAAGGUGGACGUUCAGUUUUCACAGCCUCGAGGAAUCUAACCACGGCAUCCGAAUUUAAUCUCGUCCCGGCUGGCAGUCCUUCGCUUGGCCGAGAUCCGACUGACCCAGACAUCUGGUACUAUAAUGGGACACCAGCUGCGUGCACGUUUGUUGCUCUGGAUUUCGUUCUCCCACGGUACUACGGUAAUCGAACCAUCGAUUUGUACGUUGGAGGGCCAAAUUACGGGACUAAUCUUGGCGGCUUCUUGUAUACGCUUUCCGGCACUAUGGGCGGCACAUAUGCGGCCAUUGGACGGGACAUCCCUGGUAUUGCCUUUUCUGGUGGCAACAGUGAACAACGCUCAUAUACAUGGAUCAAUGCCACAACUGCCUCAGGCUCUCCUGAUCCGGCAACAAUUCACGCAGAGCUAUCCUUCAAGCUGGUCAAGCAGCUGAUUGAUGGCACGCCUACCGGACAACGUCUACUGCCACUUGGAUACGGGAUUAACGUAAACACCCCUUUCAUCACAUCUUUCACCAACGACAGCUGUGUUGAUCCGCCAUUUGUCCAAACCCGCUUCACCGGUGGUAGCUUCACCGACAUUGCUGUUUACAAUGAAACCACAGGUUUGUUCAAAUACGGCAAUUUCAUCGCCGAAGGGGUCAACAGGUGCAUCAAUGGAGACUGUUCUUUGCCGGGAGAACUACCCGUCGUGGAUGAUAGCUGCUCGGGCAGCGUAAGCGUCUUCACAAUCGAUUACGAUGCGCCCUUGGGUCCGGAACAAGGCGGUGUCAGAGCAGCGCUGAGUCCACUUGUGCAUUUCGAAAGUCGAGACAGAAUGAGUGUCAAGGCCAGGAACGGAUUGAGCAAGGAGGAUCUCGAAGCAUCACGGCCCUUACGACAUGAAUAG